GUCCUGGCCAAGCGCAGCACAUCACACCCCCUGUUAAAGACGCAGUGAUAAUGGCUAAUUAUUCCGAAUCAUAAUCCCACUAAAAAUAAAAAACCCUAAUUCUCUCUGUUUGUACGUAUCUUUUCUUCCAAUCUAAGCCUUCCCUUUCAAUUUAAAAACCCUCGAUUUACAUUCAACAUCUCCCUGAAACAGCCACUGCUCCAACAGUAAUUAAUAUGACUUCAGUUUGCAUAUCCAACUGUGUAAACGACGCACGUGACCCACGUGUGCCGGUGCGCGCCACCUACGUCAACCUCUACAAGUGGCCGGAGUCGGAUGCCGAGUUCGUUCGAGCGGUUACGUCGAGUUCCAACGUCCGGCAAGGGGUGCACGUGCAUGGGCAUGGCCACCCUAGGGUUGUCGACAGCAUCUCGUGCCGGCAGAUGUAUUUGAGAAGCUACAAAUUCUCGCGAGACGAUGUUGAUAAGGAGGCCGAGAGUGAAAAGACCGCCAUGUGUUUUGGCAGAGUGAAGGAGAAAGACAAAGAGAAGGAUAAUAACAACAACAGGAGGACGAGGAAGAGAAAGGAGAAGGAACGACGUCGUAAAAGGAAUAAGUGUUUGAAGAAUCUCUCAUGCAAUGCAUUGUUUAGGCUUUUUCACAGGCUGUUGUCUUGUGGCUCUAGUAUAGAUGUUGCUGAUCGUUGAUUUAUCUUCAUGGGUUUAUAAUAAUUUGGUUUCUAGGCUAUCUAUUUCUAAGAAAAUUAUGGGUGUUUUCUCAUUGUUUCUUUUUCUUUUUGGGUAAGGAAACCUCAUUUGAGUCGAAUCUUCGGGACAGAAUCGAAAGCAUUAAGUAAGUAAAAUAUUUAAAUCUUGAUAUAUCAUGAGCGGCUUCCGAAUGCAUGCUCUCACACUUGAAGAUUCCUCUCCUUUUUGCGACUGAAACUAUUCCUAGGGCAUUGUUUCUUUUUCUUUCUGUUUAUAUGUAAUGUUUUGGAAGCUGCAAAAAGAGAGAAGGAGAGAGAAGAGAAGCAUUGAGCAAGAAGGGUCUUUGUAAUUACUUGUCUUCUUAAACAUAUUCAAAGAAGGUUCAUAGUUUCUGCCAUGAGUGUCAAGUGGAGUUUCUGCAAAAAAAAAGUUCUCAGGGUAGUUGAGUUUAUGGAUUCUGCAUAAAGUAUAUUAAGCUUGACCAAGUAUAGUUUAGUUGGAUAAUGUGGCAUAUCUGUUUUUGGUUAUAAUUUUAUAUGGUGUUUGGUGUGUAAAUAAUAAUGUUCGAAUCAGAUUCUGA